AUGGCUGAAACCGUAUUUCUUACGAUUGAUGUCAUCAAGCAAGCUGCAUCAGUCGCUAACAGCUUCGCCCAAUACACGAAAAGCGUGAAGGAUGCUCCCAAAGUAGUCAAAAGCAUUACUCUAGAAGUGAAUAUACUGAAGGGUAUAUUGGAGUAUCUCGGAGCAACCAUUGAAGGCGACAUAGAUCCCACAAAUAAAGCGUCGCUUGAGGAAUGCCUGAACAGUUGUAGGGGUACGUUGUCCGAGCUUGAGAAGCUUGUGGCCCCGGAGGACAAAGACGAUUCGGACUCUUCAGACUCGUCGUCGCAUGGCAAAACUGCAAGUGUUUUUCGAUCAUUGAAAGCAACCCGAGAAAAAAGAACCCCAUCACCAUUUAACAAUCCUAAUCUUUCCGAUGCGAUGGGUGUGAGCAAAUUAGUGUCCCCCUUCGAGGAACUGAGGUUUCCUGUGUCCAAUUUAACCUUCCGCACGAAUAUGGACUCAUCUCAACCUCUCCCAGUAAGGACGGCUACGCCUCAGCCUAGGCAAUCGUCAAUGUCCCUUCGCAGACGACUCAAAUGGCCGCUUGUACGUCAAGGCAAGGCGGAGAAGUUGCUGAAAGAGCUAGAAAGACAGAAGUCUCAGCUUAAUAUAGCCAUCCAGGCUGAUAAUCUUUCAAAUCUCGCCGUAAUAAGCAAUGCUGUAAAGGACGUCGAGGCGGUAUUGAACGACAAUGAAAAGAGGAGAAUAUUGUCUUGGUUAAAACCGAAGAUUGACAUGCGUGAGUUCCACGCCGAACAGCAUGAUAAGCAAGAAGACGAGACAUGCACAUGGAUAACUGAGCGCGAUCAAUGGAGAGAGUGGCUUGAAGGGGUUAAAGCUGGGCCUGACAGCUACGAACGCUUUAUUUGGAUAUUCGGGAUCCCCGGUGCCGGAAAGACGGUCCUCGCCUCAUUUCUCAUCGACGCUAUUGGGACGUCGUGCAAAGCAACCGGGUACUCGUUCUACUAUUGCCACCACGAGCGGAACCAAGAUGAGACACUUCACUUUCUCCGUUGGAUAAUUAGUGACUUGAGUAGACAGAUUGGACGCUUCAUCCCAAAGGAAUUAGAAGAGUUGAGCAAAGGGGAAAACUUUAGUAUCCCGGGUCUCAUGAGCUGUUUCUUGGCCAUUAGCCAACGGUUCGCGCAGAAUGGUUCUCGAGUCUUUUUAGUAGUUGACGCUGUGGAUGAGAGUAGAAAGCCGCGGGAAAGAUUCCUUAAACAGCUAAUCGAAAUCGGCACGAAUCCGAUGUACAACAAUGUCUCAUUAUUGAUGACGAGCCGUGAGGAGACUGAUAUCAAGGCUAUGAUGACUGGUGGCGAAGAGGAUGAGGUUCCAUCCUCAAAGAAGGUCCUGCACACGCAUAUCACGAUGUCGAACGCUGAGGUCAUGCAUGCGAUACGGAAGUACGUCAAGAAACAGUUUGGAAAAAAUAACAAGUUCAAAAUAUGGCCCCCAGAUUUCAGAACCAAAGUAGAGGAGACGUUAGCAAGAAAUGCCAGAGGGAUGUUCCGGUGGGUCGCAUGUCAGGUCGAUAUCAUCGAGCGUCUUUACCUUGACCAAAGUCGGGUGAUGGCGGCUCUCAAUAAUCUGCCGGAAACUCUCUUCGACACAUAUGCGAGGAUCCUCGAAGGCAUACAGCCAGAAGAGCGCGCAUUCGCUCGCACAGCUCUCGCGUUAAUAUGCAGCAACACCUCCAAUAUUAAGAGCGCAGACGUCCUAGUCCAAGCUUCACUUCACAAUGUCCGUCACGGCGCAAUGCAUAUGUAUGACGUACGCGCGCUGGAGGGGAUACUCGGAUGCCUUAUUAAAGUGACACCUUUGCGCGUGAAGCCGCAACACAUUUUUAAGCGCGAGGAUGACGGACUCUGUCUGCAGAAGGUCAAUAUCGCGCACUAUACCGUGCGGGAGUUCCUCUUUGCACCAUCUAAGGACGGUGAUGACAAGCCGCGCCCCGCCGGCGAGUUCGCGCUUACAGACCUAGACAUCCGCAUGUUAGAGAUGCAGGUUGUCUUCAACGGGCUGCAGCAGUGGGGCCGAAACCGACCGGCAAACCAGCGAAACCCCAGCCGCUACGAGGAGCACUGUCUUGAGAUGAGUGACUGGGCUUUGCGCGGUGAUCGCCGUAACUUGAUCGUCAGGUUCCAGAGCGUCUUUGAUUCAGUGGUGCCAUGCCUCAGACCCGAUGCCGAGCACGUUAAAUCACUAAGAAGCGAGCGACUGCGAAAGCGGUUUACGAAAUGGCGUAAGCUAUGCGCAUUUGGAGAGUACGAAGACGGGACACGACGACGAGUGCGACAUGAGACCAGUACCCUAGCAAGCUUAGUGCUAUUACGGUGGCCGGAAUUCGCACAGAAGCUUUUGCGGGGUGCUGGGUGGGAGCGACUUACACCUGAGCGCAAGCAGAUGGUCUGGACGGACGAGUUUACAAUUGAUGCUGGGAUCGACGAUAGUCUGCCGCCGACAUUCGAGAAGGGUGAGCCUGUGAGUCUGCUUCGCUUGUGCGUGUCCUGGAAGCGCCUUGAGUUUUUGGAGAUAUUCAUCGAAGCCGGCGCCAAUUUCGUCAACGAGCCGAACAUCGUAUUCGUGGCGCUUGAGCAUCCUUACAGCGAGGACGGGGAUGAUGGGCAGAUGACAGGCCAACUUUUGAAGAUGAUCCUUGAGAGCGGAGCAGAUCCAAACCCCCCCGGGUUCUUGUAUACGCCGCUCCAGGACGCGGUGCAUCGCCUCGAGGAAGGCUGGGUGCAGAGUCUGCUUCUCGAGUGCCGCGACGCCAAUGCAAUAGGCGAUCCUAAUGGUACGCACCCGUAUAAUAUAAUCGAGGAAAUGGCAUGGCACAAGCAGCACCCGCUUGAAAUUUGCCGGACGGCGAAGCCGCAUUGGAAAGGCGGCGACGGACUAGAAGAACAGAUCGAGAAGUCUCGGAAACAGGUGCAUUUAUUGCUCUCUCAAUAUGGAGCAGGUCGACCGGUACCAGGAGCUGCCGAGCCUGAAGUUAUUGAAUUAGACGAUUCUUAA